AUGACUGGUUUUUAUGGUUACGCUCGUACUGCCGAGUGUGAUCUUUCAUGGCAGUUGUUAAAAGACUUGGGCGACUUAGACUCGCUACCAUGGGUGAUCAUUGGGGAUUUCAAAGAGAUUCUAAAUAACGGGGAAAAGAUUAAUGGUCCACCUAGGGUUGAGAGGCAAAUGCGGGGGUUCAGAGAGGCGUUGGGGUAUUGCGAUCUCCUCGAUCUAGGUUUUCAGGAUUCUAAGGCUACAUGGUGGAAUGCAGAAACUCAUUUAAGUCUAGACCGUGCAGUUUGCACUCUUUCCCGGCUUGAUGUGUUUGGUUAUGCAAAGGUUACUCACCUCCCACCUAGUGAUUCAGACCAUAUAUCGAUUCUUCUUCAGAAAAACACCUUCAGACUUAGGCAGCAGCAGAUGUUGGGGGUUCAGGCCAGGAUGGUAGAGCUCUUGGAUUCCUCGGCUACUACUUCUAUUCAGGAUGAGAAGAGGAUGCUGAUGAACAGGCUUGAAACUCUUCUCUCUCAGGAAGAAGCAUUUUUUAGACAAAGAGCCAAGGUGACUUGGUUGAAAGCAGGAGACAGGAACAUUGGAUUCUUUCACCGCAAGGCAGCUAAUAGGAAACGAAAAAAUGCAAUUCAUGGGUUAUAUGAUGAGCAGGGUGUUUGGUCUGAGGACGAUGAUGGGGUUGAGCAUAUUGUUACAUCCUACUUUACAAAGAUGUUCACAGCUUCUCCAGUUGAUAUGGUGGCUAUGAACACUAUUUUGGAAGCUAUUCAACCCAAUGUGAUGCCAACAAUGAAUGCUCAACUUUGUAGUGAGUAUACUAAGGAAGAAAUUCGUUGUGCUUUGUUCCAGAUGUAUCCUACAAAAUCUCCUAGUCCAGAUGGUAUGCCCCCAUUAUUUUUUCAACAUUAUUGGGAGGUGAAUUUUACACACAUAUGUUUGAUUCCUAAAGUCAAUAAUCCUGAAAGCAUGUCAGACUUAAGACCUAUCGCUCCGUGUAACGUCCUUUACAAGAUUUUCUCUAAGGCAAUUGCUAACAGGCUCAAAGUUUUGCUUCCUGAUAUAAUUUCACCAUUUCAAAGUGCUUUUGUGCCUGGUCGGUUGAUCACUGAUAACAUUCUUGUUGCUAAUAAGAUUGCUCAUUUUGUACAUAAUAAGAGGGAAGGGAACGAUGGUCAUGUGGCAUUGAAAUUGGAUUUAAGCAAAGCUUAUGACAGAAUGGAGUGUCUAUUUCUCCGAAAGGUGAUGGAACGUUUUGGAUUCACAAGGAUGUGGAUUGAAUUUGUUAUGCAGUGUCUAUGCUCGGUACGGUUUUCAUUUUUGAUCAGAGGUAAACCUAGAGGACUUGUCACACCGAGUAAAGGCUUGAGACAGGGUGAUCCUUUGUCACCCUACUUGUUUCUACUGGGUGUCGAAGAUGAUAGCAUGUUGUAUGCUCAGGCCUCUUUGUAUGUGUGUUAUGAGAUCCAAGAUGUUAUAGAAACAUAUGGCAGAGCUUCAGGUCAAUUGGUGAACUUUGAUAAAAGCUCAGUUGUUUUUAGAAAAAUGUUCAUGAAGAUUUACAGGGUGAAAUUGCUUCUUAUAUGGGAGUGCAAGUUGUGGAUUCACAUGAGCGACCUGGAACAGAUGUGUGCUAGAUUCUGGUGGGGAUGCACUGAAGACAAAAGAAAAAUUCACUGGAAAGCUUGGGGGUCUCUUUGCCAUCCUAACGAAGAAGGCGAACUUGGUUUUCAGAGUCUUAUUGAGUUUAACAUGGCUAUGUUAGCCAAACAAGCUUGGAGGAUUGCUAAUGAUCAUGAAUCCUUAAUUGCUAGAGUCUACAAGGCUCGUUACUUUCCUGGGAGCUCGUUUUGGUUGGCUCCUGUUCUAGGUAUAUCUACUUUGGUUCCCAACAUAGGAUUGCCUCUUGUUAAUGAGAAUAUGACUAUUAAUGAACUGCUACAUGAACCGGGUAGAUGGGAUGAAGGUAAAAUCCGAGCUGUUUUUGCUCAGGAGGGGGCUGAAGCAAUUUUAAACAUUCCUUUGUCUAGGCGGUUAGUUAAUGACAGAGUGGCUUGGCGGUUGGAGAAGAAAGGGGAGUUCUCAGUCAAGAUAGCUUAUAGAUAUGCUUUCUCCAUUUCUUUGGAGAGGCCAGGGAUUUUGGAGAAUGUGACAUCUCAAUUUUGGAAGAAGAUAUGGCACACGCUAAUAUUUCAAGCUCGGCUAAGGAGUACUGGUGGUAUUAGAAGGGAUGCAGGCAAGAUAUGCUGGAAGAGUCCUCCUUUGGGUUAUGUAAAACUGAACACAGAUAGAGCUUUUAUUUCGGAAACUAGCGCUAGUGGAAUUGGCUUGGUGAUGAGGGAUAAUCUUGGCCAAUUCCUAGCAUGUGAGGGUAAACCGGUACGGGGCCUUCUUUCUGCUGAGCAUGCAGAACUUCUGGCUUGCAAGGCAGCUAUUGAUCUCAUUGUGGAUAGGUCUUUGCAACCAGCUAUUGUCGAGACUGAUUCUUUGAUAGUCCAACAGCAACUUGUGGGGGUUGGUAACAACCUUUCAAGGCUAGGAAGAAUUUAUGAAGACUUGAGCUUCAAUUGGAUGCUUUGCCUAACGUCAAAGUCAUACAUACUCGACGGGAAGCUAAUGUGGCAGCUCAUCUUACAGCUGCGCAAGUGCUUUUGA